AUGCGGAGUAGUGGGUGCGACAGGGAAGCUUCUGUCAAUUUGGAAGCCAAGACUAUGGACCCUGACACUGGCAUUGGUUUGCCUCCUAUGAUGCCUGGGGAGCUUUGGCUUAGAGGACCAUCCGUUAUGAAGGGUUACGUUGGAGAUGCAGCGGCAACUACUGAAAUUCUUGGUUCAGAUGGAUGGUUAAGAACUGGAGAUUUAUGUUAUUUUGACAAUGAAGGUUUCCUGUUUUUCGUGGAACGCAUAAAGGAAUUAAUCAAAUACAAAGGCUACCAGGUUGCCCCAGCAGAACUAGAGUAUCUGCUUCAUUCUCAUCCAGAAGUUGCUGUUGUAGCUGUUGCUCCGUAUCCUAAUGAGGAAGUAGGUCAAUUACCGAUGGCUUUUAUUGUGAGACAUAAUGGUAGCACCAUUGAUGAACCACAAAUCAUGGAUUUUGUUGCCAAACAGGUUGCUCCCUACAAGAGAAUACGGCGAGUGAUGUUCGUUGAACAUGUUGGGAAUUCAACCGAAAUUCCAAACUUGUGA